AUUUGAUCUACAUCGGUGAAGAAAGUGAUCUAUCUGUUUGUUAUUAAUCUACUAAAUCGUCUGUUUGGUUCCUGAUCCAAUGUCGCUUGUCGAGAUCUCUGGCGCUGAUUCCGUGGUGGCGCCUAUGCGUGGAAGAGCACCACUGCCACCACCACCACCUCCUCCUAUGCGUAGAGAAGCGCCACUGCCACCACGUCCUCUGAUACGUGGAGGAGCCCCGCCUCCCCCUCCACCUCCACCUCCACUUCCACUUCCAGCUAACAAAAAGUCCUCCCUGAAGCCAUUACACUGGGUUAAAAAAGCAAGGGCUUUGCCGGGGAGCUUAUGGGAUGAGUUACAGAGACGACAAGCAUCCCGCGAUAUCGAGGAUGAACAGAUUCUCUGUGCAAUAGAACUAUCAGUGUCAGAAAUAGAGAACCUUUUCUCUGUUGAGGAAAAACCAAAACCAAAACCUGAAGAAGUUCCAGAGAUUGACCUUAGGAGAGCCAGUGACACGGAAAUUAGGCUAAUGUUAUUAAAUAUUAAGCUGCCUGAUGUGAUGGCUGCAGUCAUGGCAAUGGAUGAGUCUACACUAGAUGUUGAUCAAAUAGAGAAUCUUAUAAACCUGUUCCCAACCAAGGAGGAUAUGGAGUUUCUUAAGACCUACACUGGUGACAAGGGGACGGUGGCAAAGUCGGAGCAGUACUUCCAAGAGCUAAUGAAGGUGCCACGAGUAGAAUCAAAGCUGAGAGUAUUUUCCUUCAAGAUUCAAUUUGGCACUAAGAUAACAGAACUCAUUAACGGUUUAAAUGCGGUAAAUUCUGCAUGUGAGGAGGUCCGUACUUCACAAAAGCUGAAAGAGAUUAUGGAAAAUAUUCUCUGCCUGGGGAACAUAUUGAACCAAGGAACUGUGAGGGGCAGUGCAGUGGGAUUCAAGUUGGACAGUUUAUUGAUAUUGAGCAACACACGUGCUGCUAACAGCAAGAUGACUCUCAUGCAUUAUCUUUGCAAGGUCCUUGCUUCCAAGGCAUCACACCUACUAGACUUCCAUAAGGAUCUUGAAAGUCUUGAAUCAGCUUCAAAGAUACAAUUGAAGCUUGUGGCUGAGGAAAUACAAGCUAUAACCAAAGGAUUGGAAACACUGAACCAGGAGCUCACUGCAUCCGAAAGUGAUGGUCCUGUUUCUCAAGUUUUCCGUAAAUUAUUGAAGGACUUCAUAUCCACUGCUGAGACUCAAGUAGCAACGGUAUCGAGUCUUUACUCCUCCGUGGGAAGAAAUGCUGAUGCACUUGCACACUAUUUUGGCGAGAAUCCUAACCAUUAUCCAUUUGAAAAAGUUACUACGACCCUCUUUAACUUUAUAAGGUUGUUUAAGAAAGCACAUGAAGAGAAUGUCAAGCAAGCGGAGUUGGAGAAGAAGAAAGCUGCAAAGGAAGCCGAAAUGGAGAAGAUCUCUGGCGCUGAUGCCGUGGUGGCGCCUAUGAAUGGAAGAGUACCACCACCACCACCACCACCUCCUCCUAUGCGUAGAAUAGCACCACUGCCACAACGUCCUCCGAUAUGUGGAGGAGCCCCACGUCCACCUCCACCAAUUGAGUAUUGUUUUCAACGUCCAGCUGAAAAUAGGGCCUCCCUGAAGCCAUUACACUGGAUUAAAAUAACAAGGGCUUUGCAGGGGAGCUUAUGGGAUGAGUUACAGAGACGACAUGGAGAAUCACAAACUGCAAUGGAACUUGAUAUAUCAGAAUUAGAGACCCUUUUCUCUGUUGAGGCAAAACCUGAAAAAGUUCGACUGAAUGACCUUAGGAGAGCCAAUAACAAUAACACGUACAUGGUUAAUAAUUUUAGAGCCUUUAUGAGAAGCAAUAACAAGGAAAUAAUGCUUACUAAAGUAAAGAUGCCGCUGCCUGAUAUGAUGGCUGCAGUCAUGGCAAUGGAUGAUUCUGUACUAGAUGUUGAUCAAAUAGAGAAUCUUAUAGACCUUUGCCCAACCAAGGAGGAGAUGGAGCUUCUUAAGACCUACACUGGUGACAAGGCGAACUUGGGAAAGUUUGAGCAGUACUUACUAGAGCUAAUGAAGGUGCCACGAUUUGAGGCAAAGCUGAGAGUAUUUUCCUUCAAGAUUCAAUUUGGCACCCAGAUAACAGAAAUAAAUAAAAGUUUGAAUGUGGUAAAUUCUGCGUGUGAGGAGGUCCGUUCUUCACAAAAGCUAAAAGAAAUUAAGAAAAAGAUUCCCUGCCUGGGGAACACAUCGAACCAAGGAACUGCGAGGGUGGAAUUCAAGUUGGACAGUUCAGUAAUAUUAAGUAAACCAAGUCGCCUUGGUCCAGUAGUACAGAAGAGAAAAAUCUCCGCCACCUGGGUUCGAGUUGCAUUGGCCACCGGGGUCCUUGCUUCUGAGGCAUCAGAUCUACUGGACGUCUAUAAGGAUCUUGAAAGUCUUGAAUCAGCUUCAAAGAUACAGUUGAAUUCGCUGGCUGCGAAAAUACAAGCUAUAAUAAAAGGAUUGGAAAAACUGAACCAGGAGCUCACUGCAUCCGAAACUGAUGGUCCUGUUUCUCAAGUUUUCCGUAAUACAUUGAAGGACUUCAUUUCCAUUGCUGAGACUCAAGUGGCAACUGUAUUGAGUCUUUACUCUGUCGUGGAAAAAAAGGCUGAUGCACUUCCGCUCUAUUUUGGCGAGGAUCCUAACCAUUGCCCAUUUGAACAAGUUACUACGACCCUCUUUAACUUUAUAAGGUUGUUUAAGAAAGCACACGAAGAGAAUGUCAAGCAAGCGGACUUGGAGAAUAAGAAAGCCGCUAAAAUGAAGCAGAUUGAUCUUAGGAGAGCCAAUGACACGGAAAUUAUGCUUACUAAAGUAAAGAUGCCGCUGCCUGAUAUGAUGGCUGCAGUUCUAGCAAUGGAUGAGUCUGUACUAGAUGUUGAUCAAAUAGAGAAUCUUAUAAGGUUUUGCCCAACAAAGGAGGAGAUGGAGCUUCUUAAGAACUAUACUGGUGACAAGGCAACCUUGGGAAAGUGUGAGCAGUACUUCCUAGAGCUAAUGAAGGUUCCAGGAGUAGAAUCGAAGCUGAGAGUAUUUUCCUUCAAGAUUCAAUUUGGCACUAAGAUAACAGAACUCAAUAAAGGUUUAAAUGCGGUAAAUUCUGCAUGUGAGGAGGUACGUACUUCUCAAAAGCUAAAAGAGAUUAUGGAAAAUAUUCUCUGCCUGGGGAACAUAUUGAACCAAGGAACUGCGAUGGGAAGUGCCGUGGGAUUCAAGUUGGACAGUUUAUUGAUAUUAAGCGACACAUGUGCUGCUAACAGCAAGAUGACUCUCAUGCAUUAUCUUUGCAAGGUCCUUGCUUCCAAGGCAUCAGAUUUACUAGACUUCCAUAAGGAUCUUGAAAGUCUUGAAUCAGCUUCAAAGAUACAAUUGAAGUCUCUGGCAGAGGAAAUGCAAGCUAUAACCAAAGGAUUGGAAAAACUGAACCAGGAGCUCACUGCAUCCGAAAGUGAUGGUCCUGUUUCUCAAGUUUUCCGUAAAUUAUUGAAAGACUUCAUAUCCAUGGCUGAGACUCAAGUAGCAACGGUAUCUAGUCUUUACUCCUCCGUGGAAAGAAAUGCUGAUGCACUUGCACACUAUUUUGGCGAGGAUCCUGAACAUUAUUCAUUUGAAAAAGUUACCGCGACCCUCUUCAGUUUUAUAAGGUUGUUUAAGAAAGCACACGAAGAGAAUGUCAAACAAGCGGAGUUGGAGAAGAAUAAAGCUCCAAAGGAAGCGGAAAUGGAGAAGACGAAAUAAGGAGUUAGUCUCACUAAAAAGGAGCAAUCAGA